CAGCUCGGCCCUCCGCUGCGCUCGGCUCCCGCAGGCGCUCGGCCCCGGGCCCCUCGGCCCCCGCCCCGCCGGCCGGACAGACCAGAGCUCAUGGCCGGGCCCAGCACCCACGUUGUCCCCAUGCUGUUCCUCGCCCUCCUGGUGCUCUCGGAGCUGAGCCUGGCAGGCUCCCUGGGACCUGGAACCCCGGCUCGGAACCUUCCUGAGAAUCACAUCGACCUCCAGGGCCCAGCACUGUGGAUGCCUCAGGCCAGCCACCACCGCCGGCGGGGCCUGGGCAAGAAGGAGCGGGGCCCAGGCAUGCCCGGCCGGGCUCAGGAUGGGGCUGUGGUCACCACCACCAGGCAGGCCUCCAGGCUGCCAGGGGCAGGGGAGCCGCUGCCCGGGCAGAGUCCUGCAGGCCUACUGGAGGACAAGGGCCCGCUCCUGGGGCUGGCACCGCCCUACCCGGAGAAGGAGAACCGGUCUCCCGGGUCAGAGAGGGUCAAGAAACGUGGCAGGGAGUUCAAGAGACGCAGGGAAAGGUUGAAACUGCACAGAGGCCGAGCCUUGGUCCGAGGUCCUAGCUCCCUGAUGAAGAAGGCAGAGCCGUCCGAAGACCAGGCACCGGAUGCCACGAUGGAGGAGUCCUCCACCAGCCUGGCCCCCACCAUCCUCUACCUAACCACCUUUGAGGCAGCACCUGCCACAGAAGAGUCCCUGAUCCUGCCUGUCACAUCCCUGUGGCCCCAGGCUCAGCCCAGGCCUGAUGGGGAGGUGAUGCCCACACUGGACAUGGCCUUGUUCGACUGGACCGAUUAUGAAGACUUAAAACCUGAGGUCUGGCCCUCUGCAAAGAAGAAAGAGAAACACUGGGCUAAACUCUCCAGCGAUGGUAACGGAACGUCACCGGCUGAGGGUGAGCCGUGCGACCAUCAUCAAGACUGCCUACCAGGGAGCUGCUGUGACCUUCGGGAACAUCUCUGCACGCCCCACAACCGCGGCCUCAACAACAAAUGCUUUGAUGAUUGCAUGUGUAUGGAAGGGCUGCGCUGCUAUGCCAAAUUCCACCGGAACCGCAGGGUCACACGGAGGAAGGGGCGCUGCGUGGAGCCGGAGACGGCCAACGGCGACCAGGGAUCCUUCAUCAACGUCUAGCGGCCCUGCGCGAGGCGCCUCCCCGCCGGCCUGGGGACCGCGCGCGCGCGCCGAGGUUUGGAGAAGCCGGGCAAUUUGUUCAGAACUAGCAGUGCGAGAUCGGAUGGGGACUAGAUGAUCGAGGCUGCAGGCGCCAGCCCAGGACACUCAGCCCUGGCAGGGGAGCCCUGGGCGAACCGCCCCCGCCCAGGAGCCGAGCUGCGGCACACCUGCACCCACCUCCCGGCCUCCGGAGGACCCACGAGGCCCCCGCGGCCCCGGGGCGGGGGGAGAAACCGCGUACUCCGCGAUGGCAAUGUCGAGACUGCCCUCUACUGCCCGACCUCAGCACUGCAAUGGAGAGGUUUCUGAGCGCGUAAAGGGACCACUCCCAGAGACAGAGAACCCGAGGAGGUGAACGCGGGAACACCCCUGCCGUACCUGGCACUGUGCUAAAUGCGUGCCAUACGUUAUCUCUCUUAGUUAUCACAAUGACCUUUCAGAGUGGGCAUUAUCACCGUUUUAUAGGUGAGGAAAACCGAGGCAGAGUUAGUUAUGACUUGUCCAGGGUCCCAGAUCAAUGCUCCUCAAACCUUAACCUGUGUAAGAACCCCCCCCCCCCCCCGCCCGGGGAGAUCUGGCUCAAAUGCAGAUUCUGGCUCAGUCGCUUCUGCAUUUUUAACAAGCUCUGAGCGGGGGGGGGGGGGGGGGGGGGGGGGGGGGCAUGCUGCUGAUGCUGAUGGGGACCCCACUGAGAGCACCCAGGUCCUAGGGAGUAAACGCCAGAGCCGGGAUUUGAACCCAGGCCAAGCCUGUCGGGUUCCCCAGGCCCAAAGGGUGGUUGCUUGUCCACAACCAAGGAUUUAUCCCAGGUUCUCCAGGGCUUUCAGUGGGAAAGA